AUGGUAAUGUGCUUAUUAAGUGUACGUAUAAUGCUACGUUCUUAGUCCUGUUAAUAGCAGUAAAAGACUUUUUAUGCUUCAACUGUGUGUUUCUUGAGCACAAAUAUGAGAGGGAUGUUACGUGUCAUAUUGCUGGUGUUAUCCCUUAGUGGUGUGUUCAGCUGUCCUCCUGAUUGCAGAUGUGUCAAUAAAACUGUUAGAUGUAGUGUUUCUACAAGUUAUUUUGUCUCUAAUGGAAUCCCGCUUGACACAGAGAAAUUACACAUAUAUGGAACAAACACGAUCAUACCGAAAGACAUUUUGAAAUCUUUGUCUAACCUUAAGAAUGUCUUUUUUUACAGAAUUGCUUUGGGAGAAAUACCGGAGAAUAUGUUUAGAGAUUGUGAUCACGUCGAGGAUAUUAUCUGGAUCCGUGGUAAUUUAGUAAAAUUGAAUUGCAAAGCUUUUCGUGGUUUAACUAAAUUACGAGAAAUUCGGUUAGAAUAUAAUAAAAUAACUGAGAUAACCGAGAAUUGUUUUGAUGGCUUAUCAGCGCUGGAAGUAAUCGAUCUUGACGGAAACAAAAUCGAGCGUGUAGGAAAUCUUUCUGCGACUGUUUUAAAGAAAUUGCAUCGGAUAAGAUUGGAUGGCAACAAUAUAAACCAUAUUUCUCCGCAGAGCUUUGCAAAUCUCCCUAAUUUGCAAUUUUUAAUAUUAAACAGAAAUAAUCUAACAACAGUAUCAAAAGAAAUGUUUGGCGGGUUGGCUAAGCUUAAAUCUUUAUACUUAACUUUCAAUGCAAUUAACAAGAUAACGGAAAGUGCUUUUCAUGACCUUCUCAGUUUAUCAAGAUUAAAGAUAAGUUAUAACAGCCUAACCGAUAUCCCAACUAACACAUUUAGUGGGCUAAAAUCCUUGUUGGUUUUGGACCUUAAAAAUAACAGCUUAUCGAGUAUCAAUGAAAAUUUGUUUUCAGACCUUAAAAACCUCAAUACACUGGAUUUGGGAAAGAAUCUUAUAAAGGGUGUGGCUGGUGGUUUAUUUGAAAGUUUAACUAAUUUAAGUAGCUUAUAUUUGCAUGAGAACCAAAUUAACAAGAUAGAUCAACGUUCCUUUGCCGCAUUGAAGAAUUUGGAAAAAUUGAAUUUAGGAGGAAAUGGGAUUGAACGUUUGAAAAAAGGCGAUCUAAAUCAUAUGGUUAAUUUGAAACAAUUAAGGUUAGAGAAAAAUUCAAUCAUUGAAAUUGGAGAGAACACGUUUAGAAACCUCGCAAAUUUGUCACGUCUCGAUUUGAGUGGGAAUAAAUUGAAGGUGUUAAACAAAACAAUGUUUCUUGGAUUGGGAAAUUUGAAAUUUUUAAACUUGGGACAUAACUUUAUUAAUCGCAUAGAUGACAAUACGUUUCAACCCUGCAAAAAUCUUUCCACGCUAAUCCUUGAUAACAACAAACUAGAGGAUUUUGGAAAGACAUCCGACUUCCCGAAUUUGAAAAAUCUAUACCUAUCUUCUAAUCUUUUCAAAAGUAAUAACUCCUUCAAUUUCAGCAACAUGCCAAAGGUGGUAAGAUUGUCUCUUGCUGAUAAUAAGUUGCAAAACAUAUCAGCUGACAGCAUUAAAUCACUUUCUGAUCUUUACAUGUUAAACCUCACAGGCUGUCAUUUAAAAAACCUACCUGACGGAGUUUUCAAGCAACACGAAAAUUUAACCGACCUAUUUCUGCAACAUAAUAAUUUAACAAUGAUAACAAAAGCAAUGUUGGAGGGACCGAAACGGUUACGGCGACUAGAAUUGAACAACAACCAGAUCUCAGUUAUUGAAGGAAAGACAUUUGAAGGGGUUAGCGUCAUCUAUUUAAAUCUACAAAAUAAUGAAUUGAAAAAAUUGGAAAAGGAUGUAUUCUUUGGAAUGAAGCGGUUACACAAGUUAGACCUGUCUUAUAACAUGUUUCAACUUCUGGAAAGAUGGUCGUUUCAAGGAUUGUCAAGUAUAUCUUUAUUAGACUUGUCCCACAAUCAGCUAAGUAAAAUUAACACCUUUGCAUUUAAUAGUACAACUAUCCGAUAUUUGUUUGCAGUUGACAACAACUUUCUGGGUGGAAGUGAUAUGUCGUGGUUAAAUAAAAUCACAACGAGAACGUUUACCGCGAGACACAAUAAUUUUACGGCUACCGACUUUUCUGAAAUAAUAACAAAAUCUCUUCUGAUGGAUUUGUCGCAUAACCAAAUAAAGAAUUUGUCUGUAAAAACAUUUAACGGCUCUCAAUCAGUAAAAACUCUGGAUCUUUCGAGUAACGGCAUUAUGAUGGCAGACUUAAAACCGUUUACCGCUUUUAAACAACUAAGACAUCUCCACUUGGAAAACAACAACAUAACAUUUCUUUCCGGAAACUUAGACAAGCAACCUUGGAAUCAUUUAACUGAAAUCUACUUGGACAAUAACCAGGUCUCCAAAUUAAGAUUGAGCGUGGAACAUGCUCACAAGGAAAGAUUGUUAAUACUUAGCUUGACUGGUAACCCAAUCCUCUGUGACCAUGCAUCAGAUGAAGCCGACUCACACUUUUUAUCUAUCUCAGGAAGUUGUUUAACUGUGCACUGGAUUGCAAACAAAUCAAUAGAGCAUGGAACAGGAAAAUGUAGCUCAAUGCAUGACGCUGUACAAAACAAUAUAGUAUCGUGCGAUAGAUACCUAGACGUCUGUGAUUUAGACAAACACGCUAUUAAAUUUCACAACAAUGUGAAUCUGCAUAUGAUGAAUUGCGAGAUGAAGAAUACAAGCAAAUGCGAUUUAUUCAAAAAAGAAGCUGUUAAAUGCUUGUGUAAAGAUGGUUAUUCUGGAGACUUAUGUGAUGCUGAAUCAACCACAAAGCGAUCAUAUGUUAUAGCAGCUGUCGUAAUUGUUGUAGCCGCUGUUUUUGUAGUUGUGGGAUGUUGCUACUAUCGGAAAAAGAGAAUUGACAAGAUAUCUCAACCGGAAGAUGAAAUGGAUGAGAUGUUGCUGUAAAGAAAAACAGUUUCGUAACGUUUAUUUAUUUUUGUGAAGCAUUGAUAGUUUAACGAGUUGGAACAAACAGGGAAGAAUACAAGAAGGAAGUAAAAAAACUUGCAUAUUUAGUCACAAACUUUUCCGCGUUCCUACUCGAUGAGAAUGACAAUAGAAGCAAACAAAUAAACAAACAAACAAACAAAUAAACAAACAUUGUAAACCGAUAAAUUUAACAUAACUGCUCCCUUUAUAGUUUUACUGUCUUUUUACGUACUUGAAGAUUGUUCAACUUUCUUCGUAGUUUUAACUCUUAUUUAACUCUAGAGUGAAUUUUUAAGUGAGUAAUUCAGGGUGAUGCGAUGUUUCUAUCUGAGAGAAGACUUUUUUAGGUGUAAAAAAAGCUGCGUUUUUAUUAGAAAGUUAAUUAUCUUGGUAUAAAGAUUUUCUGUUGCUAGGAAUUUUUACGAUUAGUAUUUAUCUUUUGAUUUUACCAUUUGUAUUACUUUCUUUUCCGUUAAAGUUCGCAACAAUGCGAAUAGCGUUAUUCUUAUGUGAAAAAAUAAUAAAAAUAUAAAAAUU